GAUGAAGGCCAGCUAGUGUCACCAUGACGACCACGGACCGAGGCAAGGUGGUUGAUCAGGGGGAGCAGGGGGGAGGCUGUGGGAAUGCCAGCAACACCCCCCCCUCGUCAACCGCCUCCUCCAACUCCAACUCGAAUUCUUCUACAAAUUCCAUCCCGCCGAGCGGAGUCCUGGUGCCGGGGGGGCCAAGGGGACCAGAUGGCACAGUUAUUGAAGAGGUUAUGACUGCAGUUGUUGGUAAAAAGCAGCCAGUAAGAGGACAAGCAUUCCGAGCACCUAAUGGAGAAUAUGUUUCCUACCUCUGUACAGAUGAUACAACUUUGUAUCGUCCAGGAGAAUCUGUAUAUAUAGAGAGCCAGAGAGCUGAUCAACCAUUUUUCAUCUGCUCAAUUCAAGAGUUUCGUAGGGUGAGUGAGCCUGAAAGUAAAAGAGACACUUUAAUGGUUAACAUUAAGUGGUUCUACAGACCCUCAGAAGUGCCAGAAACGGUAUACCAACGGCUUGUCCAGGAUCGCAACACAGAGAACAAUAACAAAUCUUUAGUCACGGAUGAUCCUGUAAUUAAGUCCCGGGAACUCUUCAUCUCUGACGCUACAGACUCGUAUCCCGUCUCUGUUUUAAGAGGACUGUGUCGUGUGGACCACUACUCUGACAUACAUUCCGUGAGAGACUUCAACCCGGAGGAGAAUGCCUUUUUCUAUAUAUUAGGGUAUAAUCCAGAGACGAGAAGACUGGCAUCUACACAGGGAGAAAUCCGUGUGGGCCCUUCGCAUCAAGCUAAACUUCCUGAAUAUAGAGGAAAUGUGAUGGUGGAAGAAAGGCCAGAGGUAUGUGCUGACUGGGAGGAGCAGCGUUGGGUACCAGGAGCCUCUCGAGAUACAGACCUCCUGAUGUACUUGAGAGCUGCGAGGUCCAUGGCUGCCUUUGCUGGUCUCUGCGAUGGAGGCUCAACCAAUGAUGGCUGCAAUGCAGCAUCGCGGGACGACACUACUAUCAAUGCCCUAGAAAUGCUUCACAACAGUGACUAUGACCAUGGUAAAGCACUCCAAGCACUUGUCAAGUGUCCUGUCCCAGAUGGCAUUGAAAAGAAGUGGUCAGAAGAAGACAGAAAACGAUUUAUGAAGGGUCUUAGACAAUAUGGCAAGAAUUUCUUUAGAAUACGGAAAGAUUUACUGCCUCACAAGGAAACUAGUGAUCUUGUUUCCUUUUACUACUUGUGGAAAAAGACACCAGCUGCAGCUGGACACAGGCCACACCGUCGGCACAGAAGGCAAAAUGUGCUGAGAAGAAUAAGAACUCCUCGUGCUCAGCGAAACACAGGCCCCAGCGACCCCCUUGAUCCUUCAUCUGCCUCAGAAAAGGAUGAUGACUCUGACGAUUCAGACUCAAAGGACCGUCAGGGAUACCAUUGUAGACACUGCUACACUACCUCAUCACGCGACUGGCACCAUGCAGGGAAGGAUAAGCAGCUGCUGUGUUACGAGUGUCGCAUCCAUUUCAAGAGGUAUGGGGACUUACCUGUCAUCACCAACCCUCGAGAGCCACCUCCAGGGACUGGUCGCCCACCCCCAACACCAAAUGAAGAAGACCUGCGGAUGCGCACCCGAACAAGAGCCAAAGAAAUUAGCACCAGACAUCGAGCAGUGCGACGAUCGAGAGCAAAUACCCCAGACAUGACAGAUGAGUGCCCAACCCCUGACAGGAGGACUCCUGACAGAAGAACCCCUGACAGGAGGACAUCCCGGCACUCAGCCUCACCAGCCCCGAAGAAGGGUGAGGACAAGAAUGGGCGAAGGAUCAAACGCACAAGAGGCUCAGAUGAUGCUUCGGGUCCUUCCACACCGAACAAAAGGAAAAGGAAUGGGGGUGACAUUUCUGGCCUUAGCUCUGAGGAGAGUUCAGAUGAAGGAGAUGGUGCAAGUGGAGAGCCUAGUUCGCCCUCGCCUGCCACACCAUCUACUCCAACACCCCAGCUGCAUCCAGUGUCCACCCCACAACCCCCGACAACGCUGGCAUCUGCACCACCACCAGUUACAGUAACAAACCCAGCUGUGGUGACCACCCCUACGACAACCACCCCAACCACCACCACCACAUUGCCUCCAUCUCCUCCACCAGAAGCACAAUCUCAUGUUAUUCCAGUUUCACCAUCGCCUUCACCAUCACCUUCACCAUCGCCGUCACCCUCACCGGCACCGCCCCCUAAGGCAAGACCUGUCAUGCCUCCAUCAACAAUAAGACCUGUUUUACCAGGCUCACCUGCUGCAUCAAGUGCAUCAGUAGCUAUAACAUGUGGAGUAUCAACUCCUUCUCAGGUUCAACCACCUCGGGGUUCAGUGGUCCAGGCUGCUCUUGUACCAACGACUGUGCCCAGAGUGUCUCCGAGCAAUCUAGUGCCUCCCCCAGCCCAUAGUGGCCCAUCAGUACAAGCACAAAUCAUUGGUCGUCUACCAAACCCAGCUUCACCCACGCAGGCACCUCCUGUAGUUACUCACAUUAAGCCUCCCAUCAUAUCCUCUCCUCCAAGUAUCACCACUGUUAGCAGCCUUAUAAACUCAGCUCCUAACAGGCCUGUCAUCACCACCACCAGGGUUCCUCCUGUGUCUCAGCUCAUGUCUCCUGGUGUGAGUCGGCCCUCCUCACUCACAGUGGUGGCACCUGUUGCAUCUGUUGGUCUGGCUACAACAGCAGUUGCAACCACAACUGUCACAAGUGCUGUUCGGCCUGUCAGUACUGUACCUGUAGAUGAGCGUGGGUCAGUAGUGAGGGCACCAGUUAGCGUGCCUCAUAGCGUUCUUGCAUCAGUGCCUCCUGGAACACCACCAAAUGCACAAGAAAAAAUGGUCAAAGUCAAAUCAGAAGCUGAGAUCGUGAGAUAUCCACCUGGCAUUCAUCCAGCCAUGAGACAUAGUUAUACUCAGCCAGGUCCUGCAGGCCUUCCUUUGAGCCAAGGACCCAGUAACACCACACCUGUGGCAAGAGUGAGUCCUGCCCCAGCAAUAUACUCAGUGGGAGUGUCUUGUACUCCGCCUACAAGUAUUCCGCCAGUGCAGACCAGGUCUCCUAUACCAUCUGGUCCUGGUAUACCACAGUAUCCUCCGGGUCCAGUUAUAAAAUCUGAACACAUAAAACGUGAGCCAGAACAAGUUCCAAGACCAGAGAAACCAAAAUAUGAACCACCACCUAUAUCGGCUCUACCAAGUGGGCCAAAAUUAGAAUUAGGGAAAGUUGAACCAAAGCAAGAAAUUAAAUCUGAAAGAGGAGACAGGCCAGAGAUUAUAGCAGAAGUCAAAUCUGAACCAAGGCCAGAUAUAAAACCACCUACGACAGUUGGAAUACCUGGUAUUCCUUCUGCUGCAGCUCUUGCAUCUUUGCCUCCAAAUCUAGCUAUUCCAGGAUAUGCUUACCCCUAUGCUCCGUUCGGUUAUCCUAUCCCAAUGCAGCUCCCCUAUGGAGGACAGCCUACACGUCCCUUAACUCAACGAUCUCAGUCACCUUUACAGCGGCCAAGUAGCACUGGACCGCCUGCCCCAACUGCAGCAACAAAUCCAAGUAGGCUUUCUCCUAAUCCUAUACCCCUUACCACUGGGUCUUCCACAAUAACAACCACCUCAACCACCACCAAACCUUCACCGACCCUUGGUGUGCAUCCUCCUCCCCCUCCACCUCACCUUGGACCGCCAGUAUACCCUAGUCGCACUGGAGGUCUUCCUCCACACAUUUCUUCUCCCAGCAAGCUGCCAUCUAGUCAGCCAUCAAUAGUGCCUGCUGGUAUAAGACCAAGUGUGCCUGCUGUUGGUUUGCCUGGAAUGUCCCCAGGACUAGUACCAGGUAUGUCUCAGGGCAUGUCUCAAAGCAUGGCACACAGAAUGUCACCAGGUAUGGUUCCAGUGACAUCAGGAGGGCCUCCACCCCUACCAACUCCCCCUGCGGCACACACAGGGCCUGUGGUCAAACCCCCCACCAUGCCUACCAAUUUGGCUCCUGUGCCUGGUCCCUCCCCCAGCCAACCACCAACUACCCAGGCACUUCCUGCAACGGUACAACCCAGCCAUCCAGUAUACACUGGUGGCCCACCACCCUCGAUUGGUUCAAGUGGUGCAAUCCAUGAUGGAGAUGAGCAAGAUGAUGAAGAUGAAGCUCCUCAACACAGGGAACCCUCGCCAGAGCCUAAGAUUGAGGAUUCAGAGUUCCAUCGGUCUGAGAGUGCCAUCUUCUUGCGGCAUUGGAAUCGAGGGGAUUAUAACUCGUGUACUCGCACAGAUCUCACUUUCAAGCCUGUUCCUAACAGCCAGCUAGCACGAAAACGUGAGGAAAGGUUAAGAAAACAAGCAGAAAAAGAGAAAGAGGAGAGGGAAAGACUACAGAGGAAAGCCAGCACUCCAGAUAAACGGGAAACCCCAAAACCCACAAGUUCGGGGGAGAGCAGUUCCAUCUAUGGGAGUAUGCAGCCGAGAAACCCUGUCGAUACACCUGCAUUGAACAGACUAAGCGAUUAUGCUCGUCCGCAUGCUGGGCUAUCCCCUGGUGCUGUGCGACCUCCUGCAAUAGGACUACCCCCUGCAAUGCCUAGUGCUCCUCCGCCAGGUCUGGAUCUGCUGCAUUUUGGCAGCAUGGCAGCAUUGUAUCCCCCUGGCUCACAGGAGAGAAUGGAGCUUGAAGCAAGAGAGCGAGAACUAAGAGAACUGAGGGAGAGAGAGAUCUCAGAUCGCAUCAAACAAGAGAUCAUGAAGAGACCGAUGAACCCACUCGAUGCAGGCCAUCCUCACAGUUUGUCCCCACACUGGAUAAGUGCCAGUCGGUUCCCAGGCUUCUCUCCCCCAGUGUCCCUGGCCUCAGGAUUUGCUCAUGGCCAUGGAUUGUAUGCUCCAAGUCCUUCAGCAUCAUCUGCAGCUCUCCUUGCAGUUUCUGAGAGGGAGAGGCUGGAACGUCUUGGGUUACCAGCCACGACUCUGGGCCUGCCUGCUGCCGCUACUCCUUCGGACAACCCGCUGUCUGUGUCCACUGCCGAGAGGCUAGCCCUGGCCGACCAUAUGCACCGGAUGCAGUUGAUCAGCGAGGUUCAUGCCCAUACUCACUCCCAUGCCCACACUCACCUCCACCUUCACCCAGGAGGUAUGGAUGUUGGAUCACCAUUACCACCCUCCCCUUCCCUCUCUUUCCCCUACUCCUUUCCUUGGCCCUCCAUUGCCUCCCCUCCCCUUUUCAUGGCAUAUACCUCUUCAGGCACUGCUCUGAUAUCACCCAAAGUUCUCUCUGCUCUUUGUGUUACCUGUGCCGCCACCACCACUCCUGCCACUGCUAUUACUGCCACCAUUAGUAUACCAUUACCACUACUGCCAUUACUACUACUGCCACUACUACUACUACUGCCACUGCAACUACCAUUGUUACUGCACCUAAUCCUGUACAGUGCAUACAGACAUGGUUUUAAACACAAUACUCUUGUGAGUUUGACAUAAGGCGAAAUAACUCGC